AUGCCCAGCACAGCGAGCUCGGUGACUGGUCUAUCGACGAUUUCGCGGACGUCGUCUGUCGACUCUGUGUGCUCGCCUGUGUUGACGGAGCCGACGCACGAUAAUGGUUCUAGCACAUCGCGAUUGCCUAGUCCGCUGCGUAAAUCGACGACGCCGGAGUGCUCGAUGUCUAGUGGCGAUGCUGCUGCGAAGGGGAGAAGCGCGUCGCGGAACGCGCAUGUGUGUCUAUGGGGGAGCAACGGCGUAUGUUCGAGCGGUGGUUUCGCCACGCGAGCGGAAUUAAAUCGCCAUGUGAAGAUGGAGCAUUUGCUCGAAUGCCCUGUGCCAGGGUGUACAGAGACCGUCUUCGAGACGCGCGAUCUCCUCGCCUGCCAUGUGCAGUGGGAUCAUAACAAUAGCGAUAACCCGAAUACCGCUGUAUGUCGCACUGCGAACCUCCUAGGAGGCUGCCUCGCGGCAUCGCAGGACGUGGCGAAUGAUUUAUCAGCGGACGCGGCGGUCGCAAAGAGACCGAAUACAGUCGAGGACCGAGUCCUGAAAAUGGAAAUGUCAAUUGGAAUUUCCAAGAGGAGGUGUCGAGAGCAGCUGAGGACUGUCCUUGAGAAGAGAUUCCGGCGAACCAAUGGGCUACCGAAAAGUGCAGAUAGUCCAGGCGUAUAUGAGAGCCGGACGCCGAGGUUGCUCGAUUCCGCCAGUUUCCCAAUGAUCUGGGAACACGGCGUGCUCCCAUUCUUGAUCGAGUUCAUGCCUAAAUGGUGCGGACCGGGACAUGUGAUAAGUGUCAUCCGCGGCAGGAAGCCCAACACGCGACGAAUCUGCAUCCUAACGAAACGGUCCGUUACCAAAGCCCGUCGCAUAGUCAUCGCAGCGCAUGUCAGAGAUCUCCUCCCGGAGACAUAUCGCAGCACUGUGUCUUUCAUAUUUUCCGUCGGCAAGGUAGAUCGCCUCGUGUGGUCGCGGGGUCUAAGCAAAGAGAUGCCGGACGAAGUGUGCGUGUCGCGGAAUCCGUUUGCGUAUAUCAGCCCGUGUAUGGGCGAUAGCAUCGGCGCAUCUCUCGACGACGGGGAAGAGGCGACCGCAACACUAGGUCCCUGUGUGACGGCCGAGGGAGGAAGCUAUUGGCUUGCGUGUUUCCACCCUUUCAUCGGCGCGACGCAACGAACGUCUCCAAUCCUCAUCGAGCAUCCUUCACCGCAAGACCGCGCUCAAUGUGUGAAGGAAGACCACGAUGUGUUACAGGACUUGGAUCACCGGAUUGGAAAUCUCACGGCGACUUCGGGUUUCGAUCUAAAGACGACUCGAAUCACGCACGAUCCGUACUGGGAAGAUAUGGAGAAGGAACCCCCUCUAGUCGUCACCGAUUGGAUCCUCAUUUCCUCCGGCACACGACAGGCCAAUCUUCUCCGCAAAUUCCCAACUGCCGCACAACGCCGCGAGAUGCCUGUAACUACCAUGAGCUCGGUGACACCCUGCGCCAACGUCUUCUCGACAGGGAGGACGUCGGGCUUCGGGCGGGGACAAAUCUGCGAGGUACCAGCGUACGUCGACAGCGAGGAAAACGGGACAGGCAAAGCGACUCGCGAGUGGUUCAUCGAGGAGCCGUAUCCCUACGAGAACGAGAACGAAUGGAUCCGAGGCGGGAUCGGCGUCGAAGGCGACAGCGGAGCAGCCAUCAUCGACAGCGACACGAACGCACUAAUCGGACAACUCUGGGGGCGAAACAAAUACUGGGGUCCGGGACCUCGGAUAACCUUCUUCACGCCCAUGUCCGACAUUUUCGACGAUAUUCAAGAGAAAUGCGGGAUGGCUGCCCGGCCUCAGCUCCCGCAGUACCGAGACGAGGCUGAGCGAUGGCCCGUAUACCCAGUCUGCAGGCAGUGCUACGACAUCCGGGAGUAUCUAGAUAGUCGGCGGUCCUCGAGGGAAUCGCUGAUGUCCAUGAUCGGCAUGCACGACGUGCGAGGCGAGCACGACAACGAUCUCACGUCAGUAUCGGAACUAGCGACGCCAAAGGACCAUUCUUCUCUACUUCGACACAUCGGGUCCGAGGAAACGGCCUCGUUAUUCGGUGGUGGUGGUGGCAGUGUUGUUUCCCCGGCACCAGUACAUACUUUCUACUCCUUCAAUCAGGCGGCUUCGCCCGGGGUAUCGGAGCUCCGAAGUCCAUAUCCACACACGUUGAGUGAGGAUGAUCUAUACGAAUCAAGUUGCCCACAGUCAAGCGAUGUUGCGUUGGGCAAACGCCCUGCCGUCCUACCACCUCAGGGGCAGGGCAUCACACAGCAUUCAGACAAGAGGAGGCGGCCAACCCACCAACCGCCUAUAGACACUUCAUGCUUUAUUCCUAGGGACAGGUCUUUAUAG